AGGCAAGCGAGAGUCUCCGCCUUGGGUAGUCGGAAUGAAAUUCCUCCUCAAGAUGGCGGGCGCGAGGCUCUGAGCGGAAGCUCACGUGGGUCCUCUUUCCUGCGCAGGCUCAGUAAAGUUCCUUUCGAAAAUGGCGGCCGUGAGGCAUUUGCGGAGAGCUUGGAGAAUGGCCCCUCUUCCUGACGUUUCGCUGAGGGGCAUGGCAGGUGUCGUUCCCAAGGUCACCCAAGUGGAUAAUUCCUCAGAUUUCUUAGGCAAUGUUCAUCACCGCAAGCACCCUGGGGUUGUCCACCUCAGACCAGUUUGCCUUCCACCCGAAUUAAUAGAGGCCACUAAGCUUCUGAUGGCUGGAUCCUCCAUGCGCAAUGUGGAGGAACAGGCCAAGGCCCUCACCAAUUACCUGUGGAGCCGCAAGCGUCCCACUGAGGAAACUGAGUUGCUCAAGAAGGCCAGAUAUUUUGAGCAGAAGCUGCGAGGGGAGGUAGCCCCUCCAGAAGAUCUACCGAGUGAACUGGAUCAAGGCAAACAGAAAGAAUUGGAGAGAGAAGUCCUGACUGCUGUCCGUAAGACAACUUACCACUGGGUGGCACUGAAUUACACUGAAGAGCUCAGCUUUUUGUAUAUGGCAGCCCGGAUGGAUGGGAUGUAUGCAGCCGUGUCCCGAGCUUUCCAUGAGAUUGAGAAACGAGUUCCCAACUUCCAGCCCUCCACGCUGCUGGAUUUUGGCUCCGGGACUGGCACUGUCAGCUGGGCAGCACAUAACAUCUGGGGUAAGACUCUAACGGAAUACAUGAACAUUGACUCCUCCAGCGCAAUGCUGGCCUUGGCAGAGAGGCUGAUGAAAGGAGCCUCUCAGGACCAGGAUCUGCGCUUCUCUGGCGUCUAUUUCCGGCAGUUCCUCCCCGUCUCGCCCAAGGUGAAGUUUGACCUUGUGGUAUCGGCUUUCUCCCUCAACGACCUCCCAAGCUAUUCAGAGAGAGUGAAAACAAUACAGACUCUCUGGAGAAAGACCAAUAGUUUCUUGGUUCUGGUAGAAAAUGGGACCAAGGAAGGCCACCAGAUGCUCAUGGAGGCUAGGGCUGUCAUAUUAAAGGGUACAGAUAAAGUUGUUCACGACCCCCGAGAGCCUCACAUUUUUGCCCCGUGCCCGCACCAUUUGCCUUGUCCCCGCCUAUCCUCUGACCGCCCUCUGCCGUGCAACUUCAUCCAAGCCUAUCACCCCCUGCCUUUCCGUUGGAAACCACAACUGAAAGAAGAGAGAUUCUCUUUCUUGAUCCUGUGUAGAGAGGCAGGGGAAGCAAACGAACCAUGGCCUCGAAUCACCCAGCCCGUCCUCUGCCGAUCCCGUCACGUCCACGUCCACCUGUGCUGCCCUGACGGCACCCUCCAGCACGUGUGCAUCAGCCCUGGAAAUCACGGCAGGGACCUUUACCGAUGUGCAAAAGCCAGUAACUGUGGAGACCGUUUGCCGGUUCUGACCCUCGAAGGCAAACCAGAUUUGGAAGAACAGACAGAGCUCGGGGACAAAGAGCAGAGCUGAUGGAGGUCUGUGCAGCCUCUGCCUCCUUCUUGAAUGGACGUCGGCUUCUUGGGUGACAUCUGUGUCAUGUUAGGACACGCCAGCCUGCAGUCCGGCUUCAGCUAGCUUGGGCGGACAACAUGGAGCCCAUCGGUCUGCUCGGAAAAUUCCUGAUUUGGCCUAGCAGUGAGAUCUAGAGUGUUGGAGUUCAUGCUGCCUGGUUGAUAAACUUCUUGCCACGUGAUCUUUUCCUUCCAGAUGCCCUUUGUGUGUGUUUGUUUAUUUUUCUCCCCUUGCUGUGGGGCAUCCGGGCUAUUUGUUCGCUCAGCGCCACCUUUCCACCUCUGGACAGCUCUGCAGCUUGUGGCCACCCUGCACAUUGAAAUGCAGAAGGGACUCGGACUAGGAGGUCUCUAUGAUACACCUGUUGCCAGCCUGGAACAUUUCAGGUGAGGGAUCGAAUGCCUGAAUCCUCAUCUCCUGUGUCUGUGUAGUGCUUUAUUCUGCCUUUCCCCCUCGGAGAUGAGGGAAGUGUUCACAGUUUGCUGUUCCUCCAUUGUUUUAUUGUUAAAGUGUUACCAAUACAUUGAAUUCCAGGUGUCUUGCACCAA